CCGCUUGGACCGACUGCCUUGUUCUCGUUCGGUAUCCUCCUCAAUGGCUCUUUUUCUGUCUCAAACCCUAAUUCGGACAACCGCCUCUCCUGCCUACCUCUUUUCCGCCGCCAAGCUAAGACCCAGUCGCUGCCUCUCCACUCAGCCGGGGUGCAGCUCGCUAUCGGAGCUGACGGCGUCGGAGGCGGAGGCGAGGGCCGUAGAAAAGAUUGAGGAUGCUAUCCAUAGCAUUAUCGUUAAGAGAUCCAAACCAGAUUGGCUGCCCUUUGUUCCCGGAGCCUCCUAUUGGGUACCACCUCGCCGGAGCUCGUACGGCGUUGCCCAGAUUGUUCACAAGCUAGCCAACUCCCUCACCGAUGAGGAGUAUCUUUCUCUUAUUACCUUACAGGGAUGGCCUUCCUCCGCGUUCUAUAUUCAAAAUGGUGCGUCAUGUGAUUUGGAUAUAGCAGGGGUUGAGGCAUCAUCUACUAACACUUCCUUACACGAGGAAUAAGGCUGCCAAGUUGUAAAGAUUGUAAAGUCAGCUUCACUUAGGUGGGGACGUUGUAUACAUGUAAAUUGUGUAGCUUAGGAUGUAGAAGUUCACUAGUGUUUUAUUGAGCAGGAUCUGUACAUAAGAAGAAGUCAUAUUUGUAACUUAAUGCUACUUGCAUAUUCUCACAGGCUUAAGAAAUACUAUGUACAACUAUGCCCAAUUUUAAAUACUCGACCAUACACCUCUCUGAA